UUUCUUUCAGUUGUGUUGAUUGGAGACUCUGGAGUUGGGAAGAGUAAUCUUCUGUCACGUUUCACACGCAAUGAGUUCAAUCUGGAGAGUAAGAGCACCAUUGGGGUGGAAUUUGCCACCAGGAGCAUCCAGGUGGAUGGGAAAACGAUAAAAGCACAGAUCUGGGAUACUGCAGGACAAGAACGAUACCGUGCCAUUACCUCAGCGUACUACCGCGGUGCUGUUGGGGCUCUUCUUGUUUAUGAUAUUGCCAAACACCUCACCUAUGAGAAUGUGGAGCGCUGGCUAAAGGAGCUUAGAGAUCAUGCAGACAACAAUAUUGUCAUCAUGCUUGUGGGUAACAAGAGUGACCUGCGCCAUCUGAGAGCUGUGCCCACUGAUGAGGCCCGGGCUUUUGCAGAAAAAAAUAACUUAUCUUUUAUUGAAACUUCUGCUCUGGAUUCAACAAAUGUAGAAGAAGCCUUCAAGAACAUCCUUACAGAGAUCUACCGCAUUGUUUCGCAGAAGCAGAUUGCAGAUCGGUCUGCACAUGACGAGUCACCUGGCAACAAUGUAGUUGACAUCAGUGUCCCACCAACCACCGAUGGACAGAAAUCCAACAAACUCCAGUGCUGUCAGAACCUGUGACCUCCUGUAGAUGACUCUUGUGCCCUUCGUCUGUGCUUCAUUUAGAAACUUGUGUGCACUUCCUAUCUCCUGUGGUUCAGUGACCCCCCUCUUCCCUCCUUUACCCCAUUCCCAAGUCCCCUCUUUCAUCUUAGAGCUUUAAUUGUAGGGCUAACAUUCCCCUGCUUCUGAAAUCCCCUUCAAUGUGGUGACUUUUGGGCUUGAAAUGUAGGCACUGAUCUGAUAGACAUGUCUGUGUUGGAACAUCUGCUGCUGGGUAAUAUCCUGUGAAACACUCUCCUCAAAUGGUUUUGGUUUUUGUUUUUUUCCUGGCAGAGAAACCAUGGAGACUUGACUGUAACAGUUGAAGAAAUAACUACAUUUAGGUGACAAGGUAUUUUCCUCCCAUAGUCAGAUUUUUUUUGUGUGUGUUUCUGUAAACAUGGGAGAGAAAUUAAAAGAAAAUAGCCACCCUAUCACAUGCUCUGUUUUCUGUCCUGAUAAAGUCUCACAGUGAGAUUUUUAGUGGCUGCACACACAUAAGAAAGCUGUUGAAAGUAACAUUACUUAUUAUGUAAUUAUCCCUAAUACAGUUAGUCUGGCUGUGUAGUUUACUCUUUCCUGCUUGGGAAAUCUUUCUCUAUUCUUGUUUUAUUUGGGAACAAUGAAGUAUGUCUGCAUUACUUUCUCUGCCACCAUGGAUGCCUGUGCUGCUUGUGCAGGCUUUGUUAAGUGGCUUACUAUUUAUUCAUGGCUUAUGUUAAUCAGUUAACAUUAUUGUACAGUAAGUGCUAGCAUAUUGGAAACCUUUUGCAACCUGUACAAAUAGGCUUAUUUUGUACUGUAGAUCAGUGUCUGAAAGCAGGGUCUUCUAUAGUUCCAGGAUUUUUUUGCAUGCUGCUUUUUCUCUAGAUCUUUCCUACCCCUGUUUGAGUGAGUGAAGCAAUAUUUUCAUGUCAUGUAUAUACCUGCACUUGUAAGGAUUUUGGUUGUUGUAGAAAAACACAAUACUUUAUACAUUUUGUAAAACUUUGCAGAACCAUAGCAUCUUGAACUUCAUGAUCUUUCACUAUUGACCUUGUGCAUAAUCUCCUUGACCUCUACUAAAAUGCAUAAUGUUAAGAUUUCACAUAACUGCUACUAACCUGUUGCUUUCCUCUUACUCAGUUAUACUGAAUUGCAGACUGUAAUCUCAAAUGACUGUACUUCAUCUGAUGUAAUAGAUUUGUCAUCAGCAGGGCUGUCUGCUUUAAUACUUCGUUUUGCUGAAUGGGAAGAAUGUUAUGACAAUUUCAUGUAGUCAGUCUCUUGCUAGCUUGUGAAAAUCUUCCUCAAUGGCUUUUCAUCCUUAGCUAGCUCUUACACACUUGCGUCCCCUCUGGUGACUGAAUGUUAUGAUGAGGCAAAUAGUGGGUGAAACUGUCUAAAGGAAGAGUUGAAGACCACCUGCUGCUGUCUGAAGGCUAGUGAAGUAAUUUGCAGUAAUUUUUUGCUCUGUAUUCUGGGACUGUACCUCACUUGAUGAAGCCUACCUGCGUAUUAGUGAGUUGUUGGGUUUUUUGCUGAUACAAAGCAAAUAUGAAACUCUGAAUUGUGCUUGAAGGGGAAAUCUGACAUUCCAGUCUCAAAUGUUCUGUCUGGUUAUGUAAUAAAAUUAAGGGUAGUUAA